AUGAUAGAUACAACAACAAGUGGGUUGCAUCGUCAUUAUUUGGUCGAUUACGAUCGAUUGGGCUUGAAUCAUGGCUCCUUUCGAUUAACGAAUGCAAAUCGUCGUUAUGAGCUGACAAAAAGUUAUCCGAAUAUUGUAGUCGUACCUGCAAAUACACCUGAUGAUAAUUUUACGAAAAUCGGGAAAGGAUUCCGACAUGGUCGUUUUCCAGUAAUUACAUGGAAAAGUGACAAUGGUGCGUUACUUGUACGUGGUGCAGGCUUUACUGCACAAACAGUGGUCAGUCGGUUAAAGAAACAAGCAAAUUUUCUCGGCAGUAGUGAUAACCAAAAUAUGGGUUAUAGCGGUUCUUACAUGUCCCUUAAUUCACGUGAUGUAGCUCUUCCAAACAGCGUUGAAUUACAGGAAAGGUACGUUUCUAUGUUUGCUGCACUUUCACCGAGGAUGACAAGUGGAGAUGGUCAUUCGUUGAUGUCUGAAUCAGUGGAAUCAUUGUUGUCACUAUAUUCGAUGAUUACGGCUGAUGGUUUGUCACUAAAUUCUGGUACGCCUGAUUUAUAUCGUAAAUCACAAACAGACAUUGCUCGACACGCAGCAAAUUUCGUCCGUAAUAGUGGAGGAAGAUCUGGAAUAAAAUCCACAAAUGGUGAUCGGUUUGUUGGUUAUGUGGACUACGGUAGCAAUGUCCAGCCACGAAAUGCAAAUUUGGGACGAGGACAGGCAGUGAAACCGUUGAUCAGUCUCACAAGGAAGGCAUUAUAUGUUUUAGGCGAUAGAAGCCAAGCUAAGAUGCUAAAGUUGGACAAAAGAUGUGAAUUCAUCCCUGUAAAUUAUCCAUCUGCGCAUAAUGUGAAGAUAGCCUUCAAAAAAUUUUUGCGUGCAGUAUGCCCAAGCUGGCCGUUACAUGACGAUCCAUCUCUUACAUUCUUGAAACAAGUCGACGAUUCUUUGUGGCUACAUAUGGUAUCUUCGUUGUUGCAUUUAGCUUGUGCAAUAGUGGAUCUUAUUGAUGUACAACUUUCAACUGUAGUUAUAUGUAUCGAAGACGGAUGGGAUGCUACUUGUCAACUUACAGCACUUUCAGAGCUUCUUCUUGAUCCUUACUACAGGACAUUUGGAGGAUUUCGAGUUCUGGUGGAAAAAGAAUGGCUUGCAUUUGGACAUCGUUUCUCUCAUCGUCACAAUCAUUCAGCUGCAUCGCAGAGCAGUGGCAUUGCACCAAUGUUUUUAUUAUUCUUAGAUGCUGUACAUCAGACAUGGGAACAGUAUCCAUCAGCAUUCGAAUUCAAUGAUUUUUACCUUCGUUUUCUUGCUUAUCAUUCUACUUCUGCCUGUUUUCGUACAUUUUUGCAUGAUUCGGAAGCAGAACGAAUCAAGUUUGAUUCACUCACCUUAUCAGCAGGAGAACCGCGCAAUGCAUCACUGUGGACAUACAUUGAUGAAAAACGUCUUGGAUCAUCUCUUUUCGAUAAUUUUAUGUAUAUUGCUGAAAUGCACACUGUUUUACGACCACAGUCUAGUGUAGCCAGCAUAACAUUGUGGCCUUUUUAUUGCGAAGACCACUUGGCGCAUGGAUCUCCUUACGAUAUCGAAAUAGCUGAGAUGGAGCAGCAGCAACGUGAGGAUGAGCAUCAGGAAUCGUUGGUUGAUGUUGGGACUUCGGUUUCCAUGCCAAGAAGAUUAUUGGAUGCAAACUACCGUUGUACACAUUUUCUUCUUCUCGAUUCAUUUUCGUCUUUAGUUGAGAGAUUUACUCGAUUACGUCCACUUCUCACUAGUGAAGAUGAUAAAACCGUUGAUUCAUGGCAUGGAUUGAUUGCAGCAGCGAAUGAUCGUGCAACACAAAUUUCACACUUUCAGAAUGAUGAAGAUGCAAAUGCUGUAAGUAUUUGGCAUCGUUAUGUGCAAAGAGCUGUUCAAAAGAAGGAAACUGUUAAGCUUUUGCUUCAUGGUAUAUCUCGACAGCAAAGCUCAUCACGGUUAAGGGAUAGUACAGCAAGCACAAAUUCGGGUCAUCAUUUCAUUACACAGCAGGUCACUCCUGGAGAUGCAUGUGCAGUAUGCCAUCAGAAUGUCCCAGGUGUUGUAGUACGUACAGUUCAUCGAUGUCUGGGAUGCGGUAUGGUUUGUCAUGAAAAAUGUUCUGUUCUAGUAUCUUCUACUUGUCCAAAUAUGGAGGAAAAGCGAUUAGUGGUAGCGGCGAAAUGUGAUCUCCCAUCAGUGUCAAAACGAUCUGCAACUUAUACAGCGGAUACAAAAACGCUAACUUUGAGUGCACGUUAUCCUCAUGCAGGUGCCACGUAUAGCGGAUUUUUAAUGAAGAAAGGUGCCAAGUUCAAAAUGUGGAAACCUCGUUGGUUCGUUCUAGACUCAAAUAGACAUCAGUUGAGGUAUUAUGAGAAUGAAACGGACAUAAACUGUCGCGGUGUCAUUGAUUUGGCAGACGUCAAAUCUGUCGAAAUAGCAAUUAGUCAUGCUUUAAGGAAGCCGCUUCUAGAGGUGCGUACCUCUAGACGUGCAUAUUCACUACUUGCUGAUACGAAAGUUGACGCCGAUUUAUGGUUAGAAAAGAUUUUGGCCGCUUUGCACGAUUAACGAUGUCUAGUUGGGUACGUUUGAUUAUAUGUUUGAGUUGUUCAAUUUGUAUCAUAUCUAGUCCAUUAUUAUUAAAUGAACAGAAUGCUUUGCCCAUUACUGUCAGUUCAUUCAUUGUAGCAUGUCUAAUACAGGUAAUACAAUGUCAUGCUAAACAGAUUGUGGACAAGAGGUUGAUGUAAGUUGUAAAACUGUUUCUUUUAAUACUUUGCACCAAUUAAUUUUGUUGUGUCAGUGUUACUGCUCUCUUUCAACUUCCG